CUAAAUUUGAUCAAACAAUUGCAAUGGAGUGUCAAGCAGCAGGAGAUCCAAAAACUGGCGCAGCAUCAGCGCGUUGCGGUGUCAUGACUGGCGAUGAACAGGCAAGUGCAAGGGCUGGAGUCUUUGCGCAGACGAAUAGCAGCGCUGGCCCAGUUACCACAGGCCUAUAUGGUGCUGUUAAUGCCAAUGGACAUGGACUGUCGGUGCAGCAUGGACAUACGCCGGGACUUGGCAGCAGCACAACUGUGGCUGGCCAAGCUAAUUUAAUGAUGAACAAACAGGCAGAGAUAAAUGCAACCGCUUUUCAUACACACAAUCGCACUCACGAUCAGUUUGGCGGUGGAUUGAAUAUGCAAACAGCUGGUGGACACUCUGCAGCACUAGGAGUUGCACAUGUGCCGCAGUUUAAUAUGACGACAAUGAAUGCCAGCGGCAAAGCUAAUCUGUAUACCUCACCAAGCGGCAAUUUUAAUAUGGAUGCAACAGCUAAUGCCAAUCGGCAUAUGAGCGGACCCUUCAGAGGCAAGUCUGACUUUGGAGCUGGCUUGAAUAUGAAUUAUAGAUUCUAA